AUGGAGACAUUUUGUUAUCUGGAAUAUAUUUCCAAUAGUUGCAACAUAGCUGAUUUCAUAAAUAUGUGGCUCUCCAUAAUUGACAGCAUGGAAAUCUGUGACCGCUCAAUCAUUUUUGCUGCUGCACUGCUUCCCCGUUGUGGAGUCUCGACGUUGGACAAGUGUUUCAGGAUUGUGCAAGGAUUAAUUGAGCGCUGUCCUGAAGCCGUUAACACAUUUCUAAUGUUCUACAGCAUGCUUUAUUCAAAAUCAUACUUCGAAGUAGAUAGGCGAACAGUUCUGAAUGCCAUCCGUGGUCUUUUCAUCAACAGGUUUGCUGUCACUCCGGCUGUCAAUUUUCUGUCGCUAGUAUGUCGCCAGCCUGGUAAGGAACGCAGCGUUGCUUAUGAUCUACUCUGUGAUUUGGUUGCAAAGUUUCCCACCGCUUUCGAUGUUGUGAAACCACUGGCGCAUCCAGCUGAGUCGGAUUCUCCUGAUCUGCUUGAAGACAAACUCAAGCUUAUGGCCGCUCUCUGUAUUUCUACGUACGCCAAUGAUCUUGUUCCACUAAAACUUUGUUCUGGUAUUCCUGCAUACAAAUCUUGCAUGAGUUUCUUCAUAUCACAGCAUUUCAGUGACCGAUCUGAUGAACUUCUCCCUUCUCUUUCCGUUCUGCUAAAGAAAGACGCUACAGUGGUCAAAGCGGCUAUUUCUGUUGUUCUUGCUCUCUGCAAAGAAGAGAUUCUUGAUGUGAGCACCAUUCGGAAGCAGCUAGGGAGCCGAGUUCGGCAGACUGGAUUUGAGGUAGCUCUUUCAAGUUACUGCGACAUUCUUGCCACGAGCGCCGCUCUAUCUGGAGAGGAUGAAGAGGUUUGG